CUUCACUUGUCCUCCUCACGACACAACUUACUCGUCACAAUGGCCUUCCUAGGCCCGCCGGUCAGGUGGCCAGACGCCCUACCAAUCGACAAUGAUGCCUCUCCCUUCUAUCCUCUGGCCUCCUCCCUUCGCAGGAUCCUACCUGGCCCCUUGGCGACGCUUCCCUCUUCGAUCCUCGUCUCUAUCACUCUCACCUUCCUCCUCAUCACGGGGAUUGCCAUCUUCUCUGCUGUACUCAACGCGAGGCGUUCCUCUCUCCUCGUGUCAGAGAAGGCUGUCCCGGCUUCAUCAUCAGCAACGCAGCGUCGCAAAUCUGGCCAGCCUAUCACUGCCCUCCUAGUAGGCCCAGAGCAGACGGGCAAGUCUUCCAUCUUCUCCGCCCUCGUCUUUCAGGCCGUGCCAGAGACUCAGACUUCUCAGCAUGAGAAUGAAAGUCGCAUCACGCUUCGUGCGGAAGGGCAUGGGGAGAAGGCAGUGGAACAGCCCGUGCAGCUUGUGGAUCUGCCUGGCCACCCAAGGUUGAGGGGCAGAGUCGGCGACUUUUUAAGUGUUGCCGAUAAGAUUGUCUUUUGCGUCGACACCACCACCGCGAUCCGAGGCGCCUCGACCAAGAACGAUACCCUCAUUGAGGCAGUCGAGUGAGUAGCUUCCUACUAGCGUUCGCUUUCCUCAACCCCCUUCUUCCGUCCUCCCCCUAUGCAUCUCACCCGCGACCAUGUCAAAUUCCGUUCAUCCUUUUCAAUGGGUCGCAACGUGCCGAAGUGUCGCGAAAAUUGAGCGCAAGCAGCUGGUACGCUCACCCUUCACGGGGUUUGAGCACCCAUCGAACAGACGGGAGCCGCUGUUUCGAGCAUCUUAAUGCCCGGUGUCUGCGACGAGUGCUUUACUCGAGCAGGCGGGCUGGUAGCUCUCACAUGCCUUUACUG